AUGAUUGGUUAUGGAGUAUACCUAUUUGUGGAGUACAAGAAUGCUGCUUCUGCUGACGGUGAUGCCGCGUUUCCCCCCUCGGGUGAGGAGAUUGUACGGCUCGGUCGGCCCAUGCUUUUAGCGGUGUCUCUGGCCGAUAGCAUUAUUGACAAACUUCCUAAGGCUUGGUUUAUAUAUCUUUUCAUUGGCACUGGUGCAGUUAUUCUGUUUAUUGCUUGUUGUGGUUGCAUUGGAACUGCUACACGGAAUGGGUGCUGCCUGACUUGUUUUUCAGUACUGGUGAUCUUGUUAAUAUUGAUAGAGCUGGGGUUGGCUGCAUUUAUAUUCUUUGACAAGAGCUGGAAACAGGAAAUUCCAACUGACAAAACUGGAAAUUUCGAUACGAUAUAUGAAUUUCUGGAGGGGCACUGGAAAAUUAUCAAGUGGGUGGCUCUUGGUGUUGUCAUAGUAGAGGCCCUUAUAUUUUUGUUAGCGCUUGUUGUAAGGGCUGCAAAUAGCCCAACAGACUAUGAUAGUGAUGAAGAAUACAUAGGUGGACCCAGGCAACAAAUCCGGCAGCCGUUGAUAAAUAGGCCAGCUGCUCCAGCCACAGGUGUCCCUGUUUCUGGUACUCUUGAUCACCGUCAAAGUAGGAACGAUGCUUGGAGUACACGAAUGAGGGAAAAGUACGGAUUGGAUACCUCGGAAUUCACAUACAAUCCAUCCGAGUCGAACAGGUACCAGCAAGCUGCAGCACAACCACCUGAGGACAAAAGUCGCUGCAUCAUUAUGUAA